AUGGUGCAAGCAACGCAGAAAGAUAAAAGAGAUAUACAGAUUUCCAAAGCUUUAUCAUAUCUACUGCGACACGCAGCUAUAAAGGAAAAUUUAACUAUCGAAUCAAAUGGCUAUACUCCAGUGGCAGAGCUAUUGACCCAUAAUAGAUUAAAAACCCACAAAUGUACACUAAAUGAUAUUCAUCGCAUUGUUAAAGAAAAUGACAAACAGCGUUUCCAUAUAAAAACAUCAGAAACCGGCGAAGAAUGGAUCUGUGCCACCCAGGGACAUUCAAUCAAAUCUAUUCAACCAUCGGAUGAGGUUCUUAUACCAAUUACUGAAUUAUCACAGCUACCACAGGAACUGAUUCAUGGAACAAGUCUCCAGUCAACCAUAAAGAUUUUUAAAUCAGGUGCGAUAUUACCGAUGGGCAGAAACCAUGUCCAUUUAUCGCCAGGGAUGUUACAUGCGAAGGGCGUUAUUAGUGGAAUGAGGUCCUCGAGUACUGUCUACAUUUUCAUCGACUGCCAUUUUCCUUCAUUUUUUCAAGAUUUAAAACUGUUUAGAUCGCUUAAUAACGUUUACCUGAGCAGUAAGAUCUCUAUUCAAUUAAUUGAAAAAGUUGUCAUCAGGGGAAACUUGAAGGACGAAGAAAAUGUAAGCAUCCUAAAAAGAAUACUGCAAGAAAAGAAUAUACCUUUGGAAAAAAUGUAG